AUGGGAAUCCUCGAUCUGGAAUUGAUGUUUGACUUAUUGGACACGGACAUGAGAGGCUAUCUGACCUCAAACCAGCUGCAAGAUUUCCACGAGUCACUGUAUUUUUCUCCCAUAGAUUACAGGCAAAUCGAAGCAGCAAUUCGAACAGUUUGUGGUCCUGAUUCUCGCGGCGUCUGCCCUCGAGAAAAGUUUGUCAACGUCCUUGAUGAACUAGACCGACGCAAAGCGCUGGAGGAGAAAGUCUUUUGGGAUUUUAAGGCAGUCGAUGUAGAAGGAAAUGGAAGGAUCUCACUUAAAAGUGCACUGAUGUUGUUUAAAUUGGUUCACAGUGAAUUAUUCUCUAUGAAGACAUGGCGUUCCUUUCUGUCACAACGUGAGAUACCAGAGGCAGACGUAUGUUAUGACGAGAUCAAAAUCUUCUUGUGCAACCUUGUCGACGGUGGACCAUGCGAUGAUGAGGAAUUUGAAGAGGAAGAGAAAUCUGUCAGCUUGCGUUACUGCGAUAAUAAGUAUGAAAAUCUCAAGGAACUGGAGAAAUUUCAGGUAUUUUAA